AUGGAAAAUCGUUCGGAUGGAAAGCACCAAAGCGACAUCGAGAAUUCAUCCGACGUUCCUAACGUGAGCAGCAACUCGCUACGCGAUGCUUCGUUGGAAAAAGACCUUUUCGACGAUGAUGAGUUCAAUCAGCUGGAUAAGAGCUUGCUGGACUUGCUAGAUAAUCCGUACGGUCCGCAACAAGAUGCCUUGCAUCUCCGCAAAAGCAACCAAUACGAUGGAUUUGAUAAUAACGCCGGCGAUAGCUGGAUCUACCCCACGAACUAUCCCAUGCGGCAGUAUCAAUUUAACAUCACGAAGGCAGCCCUGUUCAAAAACACGCUGGUCGUGCUUCCCACCGGUUUAGGCAAAACGUUCAUAGCCGCCGUAGUGAUGUACAACAUCUACCGUUGGUAUCCGACCGGCAAGGUAAUUUUCAUGGCUCCAACACGCCCGCUUGUAAGCCAGCAGAUCGAGGCAUGCUAUCACAUCAUGGGCAUUCCCAAGUCGGACACAGCCGAAAUUACUGGCAAGCAGCAGCGAAAGAAUCGCUUCUCGAUAUGGCAGUCGAAGCGCGUUUUCUACGCAACACCUCAGGUCGUGAUGGCCGAUUUGAAGAACCCCGAACAGGGCUUUCCCGCCGAAAAGGUGCGGCUCAUCGUGGUUGACGAGGCGCACAAAGCAAAAGGACGAUAUGCGUACACGGAGGUCCUGAAAACGAUCAUCGAGCGUAACCGACACUUCCGCGUGUUGGCCCUCUCGGCGACGCCAGGCCGUACACUCGAGGACGUAGGAGAGGUAAUCCGUAACCUGCUCAUCUCCCACAUCGAGGUUCGGUGGGACAACUCGAUAGACGUGAAGCCGUACACCUUCCGGAGGGAUGUGCGCACUAUCGUGAUUCCGUUGAGCAGCACGAUACAGCAGAUACGUGAGCAGCUGCUUAUGCUCGUGGAUCCAUACCUGCGCCGGUUGCUUGAGGCAAAAGUUUUUUCGCGGUACCCCAAUGUCCUGUCUCCGGGCUUGUUCAUCAUGGAACAGAAGCGCUAUCGUACCAAUGCGCUCAUGCAACGGCAUCCCAACCAUAGUAACAUCAUUUCCGAUUUCAGCGUGUGCAUCAGCAUGUACCAUGCGCUCAGCCUGCUCGUCAGACACGGUAUUCGGGCAUUUCUUAACUACUUUACCGAUGGUGGAGGCGGUGCAGCUCAGCAGAACCACCAGGAGAAGUACUUCGUCGCAAUGGAUCCUCAGAUAAAAACGUUUUUGUAUCAGUUGCGCGAGCAGUACUACCCUUCGGAUGGGGAUGUAAGCUGUUUGACUGGUAAUGAUGAUGUGGAUUUUGGCCAUCCUAAGUAUCGUUUGUUGGAAAAGCAACUGAUGACGUUCUUCAAGGAACAACCAGACUCGAAGGCCAUAGUGUUUUGUGAAUAUCGCGAUUCGGUUGCAAUGAUCCAGCGCAUAUUAAGUCAAAAUGAACCGCUGAUUCGCGCUAGAUGUAUUGUAGGACAAGGAGGCACGACCGGAAUUCGCGCCGUGACGCAACACGAACAGAUUGCCGCCAUGCGGCAGUUCCGUACCGGUGCAGUAAAUACAUUAAUCGCCACGUGUGUCGCCGAGGAAGGCAUCGAUGUCGGCGAGGUAGAUCUAAUCGUCUGUUUCGAUAUUGCAAAAAACCCGACCCGAUUUGUGCAACGUAUUGGACGAACUGGCCGGCAGCGUAUUGGCCGGGUGCUGAUGCUCGUUACCGAAGGCGAAGAGCACGAUACGUUGAAGCAAGUAAUGGUAUCGAAGGAUAAGAUAAACCAGCAGCUCGCCAAAAGCAAGGAUAUAAUGCGCGUGCUUUACCGUCACUCGCCAAACCUCGUACCGUGCGAGUUUGCGCCGAAGUGCGUUGAAAUGUUCAUUAAAAUACCGGAAGAGAGCGCAAAGGAUCGGGCGAGUGAUCACGGAACGGAAUCAAGUGACGACUCGCCGGUGGCAGAGUCGGGGCGAAGAAGCAAGCGAAAGAGAACACGAACGUCGAUGGCGCAGAAUUCGACCAGUGUCAAGAAAUCGCCACAAAAGCGACGCAAAAUUGCCACAAGUAAUGUACCGCAAGAUGUGCGGCAGUUUUUUCGGCGCCAGCAGCACGGCCAGGAAGAUGACCUAGAUGCAAGCGAGAGUGAGCUUUUCUCCGCGAAGUCGCCCAAUAUCAGCCGUACUGAUGAUCACGUGCCCGAUCGAUCCAGCAAGAAACCCGCGAUUCCCAUAGACCAAUCGCUUCGAAUGGGCCUAUCGGAUGUGGAGGCUGCAAUCGCCAAGCGUGUCCAACCGCUCGUGCGCCAUUACGACAUGCUGCGGCGGCAGAAGUUCAUCAAUCGACAGCAACUGAUGGACAUUCCCACGAUGAGGCAGAUUUUAGCGCGAAAGUUACAUCCAACCGUAAGCGAGCAGCUUUUGCGACUUCUGCCGGAUUCACCAAGCAAAUCCUCAGCGCCAUCUGAGCCAUGCGCGGAUGAUACUCUCGAUUUUCCCCAGUUGGUUCCUUACGAAAAGCCGCGACGGUCUGACCAGACAGGAAGAGAAUCACCCGCGCAAGAUACCGUUGAAUGCGCACCUGGUCGAUCAAAUUCGAACGCGAAUGACCUCACGACGGUCCUGAAUCAAGCCAGUGCGAAGAAUCCCUCGCUUAGUGGGUGUAAAAAGUCGUUUGUGUCCGCGAAGAAAGCUAGAAAAAAGCACCUAACAUCGCUAGAUCCCGCCAACAGUCCGUUGUUGCGGGCUUUCAAUCGGUCCGUAAAGAAGCGACCCAACUCUGACACGAUCCGGACUCCCAUCGUAACGGGCGAUGCGAGAGAAUUAGAAAAGCGCACUCAGAGCCAGAAUGUUUUGGAAUUUUUCAAGAUGGAAAGUUUAGAGGACAUCUUUGCGGACGAUGAUAGUGAUGAUAUGAAUAUCGCGAGCACUAGUGCUGGAAGAAAUGGCUGUGAUACUCCUGUUGCUAGGAGAUCAAAUGAAAAAUUGAAUCGUAAAGCUACGUUGAUGGUUAAGAAGCUUUUCGACGCUCCUGAAAACGAACACGAGGCGAACAAAUCGUUCAACGAUAUCCGAGCUAUGGAAUCCGAUGUUAUGUUUGAUGAGCAGCCGGAAGAUGUCGUUGUACAACCGAAUGCUACAGCUGUUGAAAGAGUGGCGGAUGGAGGCUCUAAACCUUCCACUUCAUCCUUCCCAAUGUGCUCCAUUCAGCCAAGUAUCUCAGCCACACGUGCUUCCGUGGUUUCUAGCAAAACUAUCAACCUCGGUAUGCCCGGAUCCAUCUUCGACAGCGACAGUGACGAAGAACUUUACUUUUUUGCCACAAAUUCACCGCAACUUCCGGAUGCGCCAAAGCCGCCCGUUCCCUCAGCUGUCAGUUCCGGUAUCUCCGGUAGCUCAGCUAAUUUCCGUACAAAAGUAAACUUUGCCCGGCUCCAUUCGUAUGCCGCAAAGCGAACUCGCAGCCCGGUUGAGGACGGUGUGUCGGAGAGUUUGCCGUUCGCCUCAUGCCAAUCCCGCCCAUCGGCAACAUCCGACGAAACAACCGAGCUGCAGCCGUGCGAGGUCCGAGAUCAGCACAGUUCGCCGAUUUUUGAUAUUCCAGGUGACGGUGGAGAUGGUUUGGACGAGAGUGUCGUCCGCGUUAGAACUAGGCGAUCUGGAAGGAACCGAAUUGAAUGUAGUACGGACGAUAGUAUGGACAGUUGCGAGGAGAAUGAUACUCUUGUUCAAAAUGAGGCAAACGUGUGCUCGAAAUAUGCCAAUGCUGCAGAAAGCGAUGACAAUGAAUUCUUUUCGGUUCCAUCACGCGCACCGAAACGAACGCACCGAAACCGACCGGAAGGGGUGCAAUCCUCGCCCUCGCUCUUAACCCGUAUGCAGAAAUGCAACAUGCGACCACGGGUACGCCCGGCCAGACGUGCCGUGGCAGACUUUUUCCACAGCCAAGCCGCCGCAUCGGGCGACGAGCAUAGUGACGAUGCAGACGUUGGAGCCGUAGAUGAAACGGAAUCUUUCCUAAGCUUCGUGGCCGUGGAGACAGACUCGGGCGAGGAGCCGAACGGGGUCGACAUACGUGCCGUCUAUCUACAAUCCGUGCGUAGUCCUGCAGGUCGGGGUCGCUUCAAAAUUCCUGCGUUAAAAGCCCGCCCCGGCUCGACGGUUCUUAGUGACGUCGAAGAGGACCGCGGUUCGCUUGCUAACACCCAAUAUGGAGACGAAGACUGUUCGUUCAUUAACGACACCGUGAUACAGGUGGAUUCGGAGCUGACGGAACUCGAGCUGGCUGAAUUGCGGCUGCGCGAGCGUCGAAAACAGCCCAAGAAAAAGCGCAGGCGCAAAAUUCUCGUACGACCGUCGUCGGAUUCUGAGUGAUGAAGUUACAGCCUCGUGUGUUUUAUGCCGUAUGCAAUAUUUUUAUUUAAAUGCUUUUAUGCUGCUAUUUCUCGAAAUAGUAGAAUGGAUAUUAUCGUUUGGUCAAAGAUUAAAUUCAGCCCAGUACAAAUGGUAAAGGAGAUAUAAAGGAUUCUUCUUCUUCUUAAUGGCCCGUUCUCAAUUAAACACGUCGUACGUAAUGACAUGGCCUACCUUGCUAUGCUUAGCCAAGGCUUUCAUGACUUUUUUAAAUACUCGUAGCUGGAUAGUCAGUCCUGCGU